AUGUACCAAAGUCUGACCCUGUCCUCCAACCAGUCCCCUUACGCGCACGACACCGGGAAUUACAUGCACCCCUCGGCCAGCUCCCCGGUGUAUGUGCCCACCACCAGGGUACCGGCCAUGCUGCCCACGCUGCCCUACCUCCAGACCUGCGACUCGCCACACCAGUCCCACGGCCUGGGCGCGCACCACGGCUGGCCCCAGACCGGCACGGACGGCACCUCUUUUACCCCCAGCAGCCCUCACCCUCCUCCGGGCUUCUCCUACUCCCACAGCCCGCCUGUCAGCACCAACACCGGCCGGGACACCACCUACCAGAGCCCGCUGGUUCUGGGGAACGGAGCCCGGCCGGAGCAGUACGGAGGCGCUCUGGUGCGCUCCGUCGGCGGCUCUUACUCCAGUCCUUACGCGUACAUGAGCCCGGAGAUGGCCACGUCCUCCUGGACCCCCGGACCCUUCGAGAGCGGGGUCAUCAGUCUGCAGGGGCGGCAAGGAGGCCUGUCUGGAAGGAGGUCCAGUCUGGACCUGAUGGAUGAUUUCAGCACCGAGGGCAGGGAGUGCGUGAACUGCGGCUCCGUGUCCACGCCUCUGUGGCGGAGGGACGGGACCGGACACUACCUGUGUAACGCAUGCGGCCUUUACCACAAGAUGAACGGCAUCAACAGGCCGCUUAUUAAACCGCAGAAACGCCUGCAAACCACGUCUCGUCGGGCCGGCCUGUGCUGCACUAACUGCCACACCAGCACCACCACACUGUGGAGACGCAACGCCGAGGGGGAACCUGUGUGCAACGCCUGUGGCCUGUACAUGAAGCUGCAUGGGGUGCCCAGACCUCUGGCCAUGAAGAAGGAGAGCAUUCAGACCAGGAAACGCAAACCCAAGAUGCCCAAGAAUAAAACAGGAGGAUCCACCACAUCUGACACAAACUCCCCAUCAGCUCUGUCAGUCUCAGAACACGCCUCCACCAUUAAGAGUGAACCCAAUAUGGCUCCUUCACCCUACGCCGGACAAACAGUUACAUCUGCCACUCAGACGGCCUCUCAGUUAGACAGCACAGGCUCAGGACACGUGGAUAUUAAAUAUGAGGAUUAUCCCUUUACUCCGACCUCCAUGGCUCCACAGAACUCCUGGUGUGCUUUGUCUCAAGCGUGA